AGCAACUCGAACAACACGUGCUUUUCUAUACACAGUGAAUAAGUAUGUAAUGACGCGACCUAAUUAAAACCUUGUGAUUGUGAAAAGUGUUUACUAAUGAGUGUAAUCGUGUUUUAGUUGCGUUAGUCAUCCUCACCUUUCAAAUACGCGAAGAUUUUUAAGGUUAAUUAAAAAAUGGGGGAUUAAUUUCAUUAAUGGAAGCGUGCGAGGGUGCCGCAAAAGACGAUGAAAUGAUAUUAAACGAGGAAAUUACAUAAAUAAUACGGUUUGUUAGGUACUUAAAGAAAUGGUUUAAGAGACAUGGAUGGUCAACUGGCCAGCCCGAAUGUUAAAUCGGCUGUGAUGUUUUUCAAUAACUUAAAUAAGAACGAGAGCAACGCGCGAACGUUUAAGCAAAGCGCCCCGUUACUUACAGAUUUAAAGACAAGUGUUACUGUGAUAAAACCUUUUGCUGCAGCGGAAGAGAAAGCGGAUCGAAAAAUUAAUACAGAAGAUACUAUGAAAGCAACAAUAAUUAAUCACACACCUGACGACCGGUUAUUAAAACAAAGUGCCAAGCCACAGUUAAAGGCGAAGCCGCAAUUAACUAGGUGGGAUAAACCCUCGUUACAAAGUUAUAAAUCUUCGGGUGUUAAGAAGAAAGAUUCGAACAAAUUAAAAAUAAAAGUUCCUAUUAAUUGGAUAGAGCAGGAGAAAGUCGUCAGCACAUGCAAGAUAACUGCAGUUUCAUCGAAGCUGGAUUCGUGCAAAAAAAGAAGCGACGCCUUUUUGGAACCGUAUCUACAAGGUCUUGGAGAUCGCCAGAGUCCGGGGGUCGGAGCGCCGUCUCCUUCGCCUCCCUUUGCGUGCAGAAUAGCGCCAUGUCUUUUACCGACGCCCGCGUCUAGAUCGCCAUCGAGAGAAUCCCUGAUUUCGUCGAACGGAGGCUCGGAUGCGGGUAGCGAAGACAGCACAGAUACAGGUUACGGUGCUGCGUGUGAUAUUGGUCUUGUUGAGCGUUUAAUUCGUUCCCACCCCAUAUGGUUUCUGCCUGGUAUACAACGAGCUGGAGCAUUUCACCUUCUACAAGGAAAAGAAGAAGGUUGCUUUGUCGUUCGGCAGUCAUCGCAACCUGAUACUAUGGCACUAUCCGUUCGUCUUCCGCCGGAUAAAGGACCUUACAUCGAGCAUUAUUUGAUACAAUCGUCAGGAGGACGAUUGGGCUUGGAAACGAGCGAAAAUCGUUUCGAUAAUAUGCCAGCACUAAUUGCUCACUACGCUAAUUGUUGUGAUGAACUUCCAGUACAAUUGUCUCUGCCCAAAGCCAUUAGGGAAGCACGCAGUCGGCAGCAGUUGUCUUCCCUCGCUCUUCUUGGUCAGGAAUUUUGGAGGUAUAGUCCUCCUCCGUCGACAGCUUCCAGUCCUGACGCCGACUUAAUCCUCAAUCUCAAUCCACUAAUGAGCACGUUUAAGCGCGCCGAGCCUUCCACUCCCACCACCACCGAAUCUAACCGACCAACUCGUCCCAACACGUUAAACCUUUUAAAUAAGAUAGACACCAUUAAAAGUGACACAAAAUCAAACGAACUAUUAAAAAGCACGGCAUCGUUACAUAAAAGUGAUUCAACCUCAAAAGUUCCUCCACCACCUCCACCAAGAUGGUCGAAACCAACGACACCUCAAAAUAAUUUUACAGUAACCACAACCGUAACAUUUAGCGUUAAGCCCGAGAGUCCCCGAAAUGAAUUUCCCUCGCAAAUGGAAGUGAUAUGUGAUCCCAAGAGGAUGUCGCCCGAAGGCCAGUGCAACUCGACAAUGUCGUCCACCGACAACAGUCUAAGACGAGGUCCCGAUCACAAUAUGUCACCGAACGAAUCCGUACUUUCGCCAAAUUCGGAUCCUAGCAGUUUAUUAUCGCCGGAUACCUUAUCACCGCUUUCCGUAACGAAAACCGCGAGGCACAGCAGGAGAACUAAGCAUAAAAUUUCUAAGCACUAUCAAGAGUCAGACAUUUUAGAUUCGCCUACAGUCUAUUACAGAAGUGCAGUCGGAGAUAAAAUAAGUGAUUAUGAAGAUUUAUGGACAAACGAGCAGCACUCGAGCUUCAAGCCUAAAAAUAAUAAUCUCGCAUCUCCCGAUCUCCUGCAACACACCCAGAACGUCUUAUCAUUAAAUAAUAACGUUCUUAGUCCUAGUGAUUCCCAAACUGGCUCGCAGCGUAGUCACUGCAGCACCCCAAUUACAAAUCAAGCCACCUCCAAUCACAAUUUCUCACAGAAUUCCGUUCAAUCCCCGACCGGCGGCGUCGAUUCGCCAAAGACGCCUGGGAUUUUAGAUCCUGCAAGUAAUAAUUCACCAAAACAAAGCAGUCCGUUUUACGCCGAACCCGCGGAUUCUCUCGCUCCGGUCGUAGCUCCUAGACGUUUACUGGGAAGGAAUUUAGUCCCCAUGCAGCAAAGGCAUUCCAAUCCUCCGGCUUUGCAUUUGCAUUCCGCCUUAAGUUCGGGUCUGGAAAGGAUAGAGUCGCCCGAAUUCACCACCGGGACGAUAUCGUCGUCGGUCGACAAUUUGAGCCCCAAACAAAAGCUGUCGGCACUUAAGAAGCCCGAAGUCAAAGCGGUGCAGCCUCCCUUAGUUAAACCACGUGUUAAUGAUACUUGGCAGAUAGAUAAUAGCUGGAAAUUUAUGGGUAGUGAAUGUGAUAUAAAUAUGGAAUCGAGCGACCCUGAUUAUGACUCAGAUUGGCCUUGCGCUCCUCCACUCGUACCACUUUCUCCGUACACUCCAGAUAUAGACGAUCAAUUAACCGUUCAAGAUAUGAUUGCUCAAAGAUUCCCCGACAUUCGAACAUCUACAGAUAUCACUCCCGACGAGGAGUUAUGUAGGAUGUCUUCUUAUGACAAUGUGGACGAUCGAAGGGUGCCCAGAGCUCCGCCUUCCGAAAUUAGUGAACUAACAGAGUUUUCCGACCCUUGGACCGAGGUUAGUCAAGGAAUGUCAACAAUUGAGACUGAUGAUACCCUAUCUGAGAACUGCAAUCCUCAACCGAGAGUUGCGUCGAUUAAUCGAUCGAAGAGCUUUAAAGAUCGACUAGAUCCAUUACUUUCUGCUCCUCGCUUGCAAGCGCUACGAAACAGGGAAAAUGGGUGUAGGACGGUUGGAACGGCUAUAAGACAGUAUGCUUUGGAUCUUGCCCAAGACAAGAGUACAACUUUUGCUCAAAACAUAGACAAUUUUAUAGCUUGUACUUGCGAAUCGAAAGAAGUUAAUCCUCAGGUCGUCAUGCGGAAUAUGAGGCAGUUUAUGUCAGGAAUGAAAAACUACCUGGUAAAGCACGGAGAAAAAGGUUUCGAUAAGGAAGUGGAACGAGAACGAAAUCAUUUGAGGAGCACCGAAUUUUUAAACUUAGACGCAAUUUUGGAAGGUGUUCUGCAUCGACUAGUUGUCCGACCAUUAAAGUGCCAUCUUCAGAAACUAUUUUUGGAUCACUAUACGAAAACUGGAGCCAUUAGACUUUUAGCCGAUAACAUUCAAUAUGCAAGCACUCGACCGAUCUCCGAAUUAGCCAUCAAACCUAAAAUCAUGCUUCCAUCAGAGAGUGCUCUUCAAACAAUUUCUCACUAUUUAAUACGAUUGCAAGCAGCCGAUUCCCCACUGGAAAAACUGGAGUAUCUCCUAGCGGCAAUUGCUACUAUUUUUAAUUCGGUGAAAACAAGUCAAUUAACUGGAUCUGGUCGAUCCUUAACGUUAGGUGCUGAUGAUUUCUUGCCAUUAUUCGUUUGGGUCCUGGUGAAGACAAAUUUCAUUGCCGCUGAAAUUGAAGCAGAGUAUAUGUGGGGUUUGCUUCAUCCCUCGUUGUUAUCGGGCGAAGGGGGCUACUACCUUACGACCCUAUCGUCCGCUGUACAUGUACUUAAAAACUUUAAGGAGAGUAGUGAAGAAAAUAACAAAAAUCACAUAAAACCUGAUCCUGUUUUAAAAGUGGUGGUUCCGGACGAGUUACACGGAUCAAUCUUAACAAAAACGUUGCCUGCUCGACCUCACAUGACAACCAAAGAAGUUUGUAAAAUCAUUGCACAUAAGGCUAGAAUUACCAAUCCUCAAGACUAUGCUCUGUAUAGGCUAGUGGAUGGAGAAGAGACGAUGUUAGCGGACAACGAGUGCCCCCAAGACUUCAUGAACGGCGGAAGGCAUGUGAUGUUGGCAUACAAACGAAUAGAAGCGAAAAUAGCUUGGCCAAAACAACAGUCGAACUAACCUAGUACUAGUCAUUCACCUUCGGUUUGGCUGUUGAAACGUAUUUACUAAUAUAAUGUUAUUUUUUCUACACUAUAAAUUUAUAUAUAUCACAGAUAUAUUUCUGUAUUUUAUUUAAUUAAUAGUGUAUCUUGUCAUUUUAUACAUUUUUAAAUUAAUGUUUUUUAUAUAACAUAUGUGGCAAGGCUACAUGUCAGAGAUUUUAUUUCCAUUUGUGAAAUGUUUUUUAACAAAUUUUGUAUUUAUUAGCUAAUUGUACUGAGUAUUAUUAAGAUAGAUUAAUUAUAUUCUUAAAUUGG